CCCCCGCCCCCCCCCGCGGGUUCUGGCAUUUGCAGAGGCGCCGGAAGGCAGAAGCGGUUUCGCGGCGGACGGUGAUGGCACGGCUAAGGGACUGCAAGGCCUGGCAGGAUGCUGGACUUGCCCUCUCCACGACCAGUAAUGAAGCCUGUAAACUAUUUGAUGCUGUGCUGACCCAGUACGCAACCUGGGGCAAUGAUGAGAGCCUUGGAGGUAUUGAGGGGUGUCUCUCGAAGUUAAAAGCAGCAGAUCCAAAUUUUAUAAUGGGACAUGUCAUUGCUAAUGGUUUGGAGCUGAUUGGCACUGGAAGUUCAGUGCGGCUCAACAAAGAGCUGGACAGUGCAAUGAGAACAAUGAUGACACUUUCAAAAUCACAACCACUGACUGAGCGGGAGAAGCUUCAUGUAUCAGCACUGGACAUGUUUGCCAGUGGCCAGCUUCCGAAAGCCUGUGAUCUAUGGGAACAGGUUCUGCAGAGCCACCCAACUGACCUCCUAGCCCUCAGAUUUUCCCAGGAUGCUUACUUCUACCUGGGAUAUCAAAUACAGAUGCGAGAUUCUGUUGCCCGGGUUUAUCCUUUCUGGACACCUGAUGUUCCACUAAGCAGCUACGUGAAAGGCUACUACUCUUUUGGCCUCAUGGAAACAAACCUUUUUGAUCGUGCUGAGGAGCUUGCCCGUGAGGCUUUGGCUAUAAAUCCGACAGAUGCAUGGUCUGUUCAUACUAUAGCUCACGUAAAUGAAAUGAAAGCAGAGGUGAAGAAAGGGUUGGAGUUUAUGAAGGAAACGGAAACCAACUGGAAGAAUAGCGAUAUCCUUGCUUGCCACAAUUACUGGCACUGGGCUUUAUACUUUAUUGAAAAGGGUGAAUACGAGGCUGCAUUGACAAUUUAUGACAAUCAUAUUGCUCCCCGAUGUCUGUCAAGUGGAAACAUGCUGGACAUAGUUGAUAACACUUCAAUGCUGUACAGGCUUCAUCUAGAAGGUGUAAAGCUUGGAGACAGGUGGAACUAUGUUCUCCAGCUUACAAAAAAGCACACCAAAGAUCACGUUCUUCUGUUCAAUGAUGUACACAUCUUGAUGUCCUCACUGGGAGCCAAAGACCACAAAACUACUGAUGAGCUUUUAACAACUCUUCAGGAACUUGCCAAAGCUCCUCGUGAAGACCAUGAGCUUUCCCUGGCCCCUCGUUUGGGGUUGCCACUGUGCCAGGCUUUUGUAGAGUUUGAAAAUGGAAAUUGUGACAAAGCUGUAGACCUGCUGUAUCCAAUCCGUUAUGAGCUAAUCCAAAUAGGAGGCAGCAAUGCUCAGAGAGAUGUUUUCAGCCAGUUAUUGAUUCAUGCUGCUUUAAAUUCUAAAUCACAAGCCAAACAAAACCUUGCAAGGUGCCUCCUGAGGGAACGGGAUGUGAUGAGACCAAAUUCACCAAUGACGGAGCGGCUUAUUAGGAAGGCAGCAGCUGUUCAUUCACUGGCCUAGGUCUUUCCUCUGCGCUUAGACUGAAAGAGCAAUAGGCUUACCAAUCAAAGUCUACGGUCUGGGAGAAGGGGGGAUGCUAUAAGACAUGCUAGGGAUUCAUGGUAGGUAGGAGUACUCUGUGAGUUAAAAAUGUGAUGAUGAUUUCCUAAACAAAAAUAUACAGCUGUUGCAUUUCAGGAGAUUUUCUCUCAGAUGAUUCCACGUAGAAAGAAGAAGAUAUCCUACUGAUACUGCACAGAUUCUGGAGCAUCCCAUGACACUGCUUUUCUGGUGUAUUUUCCUUAAAGUUCUCUCUGAGCCUGAUUAUAUACAGUACAGUAGCUUUGCCUGGAUUUCAGUAAUUCAUCAUCCCAAUUUAUUACUCUGUUAAUAUAUUACAUAAUCAGUAAAUUGCUCAGGUAAUUUACAUGUACUUUUUAAACAAAGCUAAUAAGAGAGUAUGGGGCCAGAGCAAAUACAGGCAUAAACUGAAUUCCAUACCAGCCUUCCAGUCCAUUCAGGCAUGAGUCACAGAUGCUGGCAAUACAGAUAUGCUGGCAUGUUUUUACACCUCUUCUCAUAAAAUGUUAAAACUUUUUCCUUUCAAUUUUAGCACCUCAGAGCUUUCUGAAAUUACUGUGUGAAUGAAGCCAGACAGACAAAAGGGGGAAUAGCUGACUGAGACUAUUAUGACGUGAAUGCUCCCUUGGCACUUUUAAAUCUUUCAGAAGAAAAGAAAAAGGCUGAAUUUCAGCUAAAACAGUAUCAUCUCUGAAUGGCAGUUUUGGACUGGUGUCUUUGUGCUUAUCUCAGCUUUUGGAAAGUUGUGCUUUUCUGCCAUCUCAAUAGUAUGAGUACCUACAUGUUAGCAAAGUAAGAGUUUAAAACUAAUAUUAAAGCACACACUUUAUAGAGGCAUCUCAGAGCUGGGGAAGAUUGGAAGGGACCUUUCCCAUAAAAAGAGAGCUAAGAGGAACCGACACAAAGCUCUGUCCCAGCACAAGUGACAUGACAAGGUUUGGUGCUGCUGAUAAGGCACAAUGAGCCACAUAUGUCCAUGAAGUUCUGUUAUCUGGAUUCCUGCAGCAUAGCAGAGCUAACAGGUUGUCUUGCAACUGUAAUCCAGAUAUUCCUAAAUAAGGGAAAGAUGAUAUUUCAAGCCAAAACUGAUCUAAUGCCUCAUCUUCCCAAAUAGAAAUGUUACAUUCUUCAGCUACCCAAGCCCUGGCUUUGGUGUCAUGUACAAACUCUCCUGGACAUACACAUGCCUGUCCCUCCUUCCUGUACAGCUGAGACUCCCACAGCAGGCCACUUCCACAUACAGUUUCCGUCUGACCUGAAAAAGCACUUUCAUAGCUGGCCCUGCACUGCCCUGGGAGUUCCUGCAUAGAGGAAUAAGCUGUGGCAGUGCCUUGCUGCGACCUUUCUUCUCCCAGCCCUCACUUGGGGAAAAAAUAGUUUAUUUUUAAAUCAAGGAUAAUUUGUAAAACCAGUUAAGGGUAUUGCCUCUGUGCCUGCAGUCUUUUGAAUCCUGCGGACAGGCAUCGUUUCCUGUCCUUCAGCUAUAUCUCUGCCUUAUGUAUCCAGCAAUGGCUGCGAUUGGCUUGCUCUGUGCUAAAGUUACACUAGAUUUUUGCUAUUAUUUUUUAAUCAAUACAUUUCAAGCAAUGACUUUAGAUGGGUAAAUUUACUCAAGGAAUAUAACAAAUAUUUUAGGGAAGAAAAGCUUGAGAAAUCUGCUGGCUGGCUGUGAAGUGUGUGGUUUUUAUGAUCCAUUGCUACACAAAUUUAAGACUGAUAGUUGGAGUACUUUUGAUAUAAUUCGAUUUAGAACCUUUCCUGCUUUACACCAAUA